CACACAUUGGCAUUUUCACUCUAAGCAAACGUUUGCAAAUUGCGAUUACUCGGCUCGAAAUCACUGAGAAUUGCAAAUUUAAUGCACAGUAUAAAAAGCAAUAUCUGAAGCGGAGCCAUGGACGAAGGUAAGAAUAUUCGACGGCAUCUUCGGCCGGUGGCGGUGGCGGCAAAAAGGCGGGCGUUGGUAAACAGCAUAAUACGCUGCCAUUGUGGGGCAACGAGACGUCGAUGAACCUGAACCCCCUCAUCUUGGCCAACAUACAGAGUUCCAGCUAUUUCAAAGUACACCUAUUCAAGCUGAAAACCUACCAUGAAGUGGUCGACGAGAUCUACUACCAGGUCAAGCACAUGGAGCCCUGGGAGCGCGGCUCACGGAAAACCUCCGGCCAGACGGGCAUGUGCGGCGGUGUGCGUGGCGUUGGCGCCGGCGGCAUCGUAUCCACUGCCUACUGUCUGCUCUACAAGCUCUACACGCUGCGCCUGACCCGCAAGCAAGUGAAUGGACUACUCAACCACACAGACUCCGCCUACAUUCGGGCACUAGGUUUUAUGUACUUACGCUAUACGCAACCGCCGGGAGAUUUGUAUGACUGGUACGAGGACUAUCUGCAGGACGAGGAGGAGAUUGACGUGAAGGCGGGCGGCGGCCAGGUGCUGACCAUUGGCCAAAUGGUGUACCAGUUUAUGACCAAACUGGACUGGUUCUCGACGCUCUUUCCGCGCAUACCUGUGCCCAUCCAGAAGCAGAUCGAGAAGAAAAUUGAGCAAUAUUGCCGGGAGCAGGGCAUCACGGUUAAUCAGCUGAGCACGGGUCGGGGCUCGGCUGCACCGGCGACGUCGGCGCCAGGCGCUACCGCAGCCGUUUCGACUGGCUGCGAUGAUUACGAGGGCAGCGGCAGUGGGAGUGGCCGUGCCGGCAGCCAUGCCGUGGCACGUUCCGGCGUCGGUGGCGGGGGCGGUUAUCCGCCAGUUAACUAUCGCAAUGAUCACGACGAUCGCGACUAUUAUGCAGCUCAGGCCUCUGGCUCGGCGUACGGACGCGCCAGGGGCUACGACGACUACCCACCGCCAACGCCAAUGUCGUCGAUGCUGCCCUACGGCAGCUCCGAGCGGGAAAAGGACUAUGGCGAGCGCGGCGAGCGUCGUCGCAGCAGCAAACACAAGAAGAAGCACAAGCAUAGGCAAUACUCGCGCAGUCGCAGUCGCAGCCGCAGCAAGACACGCAGCGCCAGCCGCGGCCAUCAUCGGCACGAACGGAAGCGCGAGGAGCGCGGCAGCAGGCACAGGCACAACGACGAACGGGAGCGGGAGCGGGAAAGAGAGCGCGAACGGGAGCGGGAACGACGCUAUCGGUGAACCUGACGCAGCGUUUGUUUUCCUUCUUCUUUAUUUUUUUUUUUAGUAAACUGAACAUGUUUAUGUCUAGCACUUGAUUUAGUAUUUUUUGAAAUACUUAUUUUUUUAAUUUCUAUUUUCUGUAAUUCCUCCUCCUGCCCCCACGCUCCCCUACCCCUUUCAUUAUGGUCCAGUCAAGCUCAUGCAAGACCCGCUGUCUGCUGGACUCUUACUCAGGUUAAAACAGACACAUCCAUGCCAACACACACACACUCACACACAGACACACUCUCACAC